GAAAAAUUUAAAAGAAAAAAAAAAGUCAAGAAUAGGGGAAAAAAAGGGGGAAGAUGGAAUUUGAUAGAAGGAAGAGCGAGAUAGACUACUCGUAUUACUACCACAACUGUUGUUUAUGCGUUGCUCUUAUAAUUUCAUUAUAUUUCAUAAUUGAUCUGUCUCAGGAUCUUCAAUUUUCUUUUGGGUUCCUUGUUUCUCUCUCUAUAUUUUCAUAUUCUCAUUCGCAAUCACACCUGUCUCUAUAUAAUAAUAUCCCUUUUAUGUUAUUACUAUUGUUGCAUGUACAUCACACACGCCUCAAGUUCCUCUCUUUUUUCUUGUUUUUUGUUUUUCUUUCCUAACAAGAUAGGGAGGACGGAUUUCUUUGUUUCCUUGUUCAAACCCUAGCCUUUUGGGGCAACUCUUGAUUUCUAGGGUUUCUGCCCUGCGGUUUGAUCUCUAAUGGAGGCGAGUUCGGAGGGGGAGAUCAAUAGGAACAUGAAUCAGAGCCCCACGGAGGGGUCUAAGAGGCCUAAGAGGCAGAUGAAGACGCCGUUUCAGUUGGAAGUGCUCGAAAAAACCUAUGCAACGGAGAUGUACCCCUCUGAGGCGACCCGAGCAGAGCUCUCAGAAAAAUUAGGUUUAACAGACCGGCAAUUGCAGAUGUGGUUUUGUCAUAGGCGGCUGAAGGAUAAGAAGGAGGCAGUGGGUAUGGCAGCCAUGAAGCCACGCGCUACUGGGUCAGGUGGGAGGAAGGGAUUGACUGAAUCCCCGAGAGAGGAGUUGAUGACAACUGAGCCUGUCAGCGGCCAUGGCUCCGGCUCCGGCUCCGGUUCUGGCUCGGGAUCAGGUUCGAGUCAGUUUGAUAAUGGGGAGGAUACACCAAUGGUGCCAAUGAGGUAUUAUGAGUCACCUAGGGCAAUCAUGGAGUGUAGAGUGAUAGAUUGUGUGGAGGCUCAGUUGGGAGAGCCAUUAAGGGAAGAUGGGCCAAUUCUUGGGGUAGAGUUCGACGAACUGCCCCCUGGUGCAUUUGGUGCACCUAUAGUGCCAGCAGAGCAGCAGGACAGAUACAGAAAUUCUUAUGAUACCAAGUUAUAUGGGCAAUAUGAUGUGAAGCACAUAAAAGCUUCAUCCGCUGGUCCUCAUGAAGCAGUGGAGUCCAAGAUUAGGGCCGACACAUAUGGGCAUGUGGCCCCAGCAUACCUCUAUGACCCACCUGUCGAUGUUCCUACAACAAAAAGUUUGUCAAAUAUGCAUGGAAAUGCGCAUCUGGCCAGGGAACAUGGUGUUGAAGGGCAGACAAAAAGCAUGGAUGUAUAUUCUCAGCCAGGCAGGCAGAUGCAGUUUUCUGUAUCUCCGAGGAAUGCAGAUUUCGUGACAAAUAAUGAAGAUAACCUGCAUAUGGAGAGGAAACGCAAGAGUGACGAAGCUCGAAUAGCGAGAGAAGUUCAAGCCCAUGAAAAGAAGAUUCGGAAAGAACUUGAGAAACAAGAUCUUUUGAGGCGAAAGAGGGAGGAGCAAAUGAGGAAAGAAAUGGAGAGACAAGACCGUGAAAGAAGGAAGGAAGAGCAGCGAAUGAUCCGUGAGCAGCAGAGGCAGGAGGAGAAAUUCCAGCGUGAGGAAAGGCGUGAAAUGGAACGGAGGGAGAAAUUUAUGCAGAAGGAACUUUUACGAGCAGAGAGAAGAAAGCAGAAAGAAGAACGCCGCAGAGAGAAGGAAGCAGCAAGACAGAAAGCUGCAAUAGAGAGAGCAACAGCACGGAGAAUUGCUAAAGAAUCAAUGGAGCUGAUUGAAGAUGAACGACUGGAACUAAUGGAAUUGGCUGCUGCAAGCAGGGGAUUACCUUCAAUUUUGUCUCUUGAUUAUGACACUUUACAAAAUCUUGAGUCGUUCCGAGAAAGUCUUUGUGAAUUCCCACCGAAUUCUGUGCAAUUGAGAAUGCCUUUUGCCAUUCAACCUUGGAUUAAUUCAGAGGAAAAUGUUGGGAACCUCCUAAUGGUGUGGAAGUUCUGUGUGACAUUUGCUGAUGUUCUGGGACUUUGGCCUUUUACUCUUGAUGAAUUCAUACAAGCUUUUCAUGACUAUGAUGCAAGGCUGCUUGGUGAGAUACAUAUUGCUGUUCUUCAACUAAUCAUAAAAGAUAUUGAAGAUGUUGUUAGAACCCCUUCAGGUGGACCUGGGACUAAUCAGUAUAGUGCUGUUAAUCCUGAAGGUGGACAUCCUCAUAUUGUUGAAGGGGCAUAUGUGUGGGGUUUUGACAUACGAAACUGGCAGAAGCAUUUAAAUCCCUUGACAUGGCCUGAAAUAUUAAGGCAAUUUGCACUCUCUGCUGGUUUGGGGCCACAGUUGAAGAAAAAGGGCAUUGAUCGAGUUUCCCCAAAUGAUAACGAUGAGAGUAAAGGUUGUGAAGAGAUAGUAUCCACUCUGCGAAAUGGUUCAGCGGCUGAAAAUGCUGUUGCAAUUAUGCAAGAAAAAGGGUUCUCCCUCCAACGCAGGUCCAGGCACCGGUUGACUCCAGGAACUGUUAAAUUUGCUGCUUACCAUGUUCUUGCUCUUGAAGGAAGCAAAGGUCUAAAUGUGAUUGAGCUUGCGGAGAAGAUUCAAAAAUCUGGACUUCGUGACUUGACAACAAGCAAGACUCCGGAGGCUUCUAUAUCUGUUGCCUUGUCAAGGGAUCCAGUACUUUUUGAAAGAAUUGCUCCUUCUACAUAUUGUGUGCGGCCAGCUUUCAGAAAGGAUCCUGCUGAUGCCGAGUCAAUUAUCGCUGCAGCAAAGGAGAAGAUACAGAGAUAUGCAAACGGUUUUCUAGCUGAUCAGAAUGUCGAUGAGGAAGAAAGAGAUGAUGACUCAGACAGUGAUGUCGCCGAGGGUACAGAGGUUGAUGCUUUAGCUACCCCAUUGGCUGACAACAAAAAUACUGAUGGCAAUGAAGUUGGCUCCUGCUCCAGGAAUGGCAAGGACAAGCUCCUUGAUGAUACGGCUCCACGAAAUGGAAUAUGUAGUGUUGAUAUUGCGGAGGCUAAUCCUGAUCAAGGUGUCGAGAUUGAUGAAAGCAGAUCAGGUGAACCCUGGGUCCAAGGACUCACCGAAGGAGAAUAUUCUGAUCUAUCUGUCGAGGAGCGUCUCAAUGCUCUUGUGGCCUUAAUUGGUAUUGCCAAUGAAGGGAACUCAAUUCGUGUAAUUCUGGAGGACCGGAUGGAUGCUGCAAAUGCUCUUAAAAAGCAGAUGUGGGCUGAAGCGCAGCUAGACAAAAGGAGAAUGAGAGAGGAAUUUAUUACUAAGUUUUAUGAUUCUUCUUUCAAUGCUGUGGCAGAGGGUGGUCUGAGUCCACUAGUUGCUGAGAAUAAAAUUUAUGACCUGUCAGCAACCACUUUAGGGAAGGAUGAUUCUUCUGUUGCAGUGGAGGAUGUUCGUAGUGCUGUUGAUAAUUCUGCUCAGGAUAUAUCCAUGGGUCAGUUUAUUUCCCCAGCUCAGCAAAAUGGACAUACAACAGAGAGGUCACGGUUGCAACUAAAAUCUUAUAUUGGCCAUAAAGCAGAAGAACUGUAUGUUUACAGGUCCUUACCGCUGGGUCAAGAUAGAAGGAGAAAUCGUUAUUGGCAAUUUGUCGCUUCACCUUCUUCACAAGAUCCCGGUUCUGGCAGAAUUUUUGUUGAAUCGCCAAAUGGCUGCUGGAGACUUGUUGACACCGAGGAGGCAUUUGAUGCUCUUUUGACAUCUUUGGACACUCGUGGAACUAGAGAAUCUCAUUUGCAUAUAAUGUUGCAAAAGAUUGAAGUAUGCUUCAAGGAAUGUGUUCAAAGGGAUCGGUUAUUCCCUAAUAUUUUGGACCACAACAGAAUCAAAGACGGACUAGAAGCUGUUGAAUUAAACUCUAGCCUUGCUUGUGAAAGCGUUGAGAGUCCCGGCAGUGCAGUUUACACAUCAACCUCUGAUAUAUGUGAACCGUCACGUUCCUUCAGAGUUGAUAUGGGAAGGAAUGAAACAGAGAAAAAGAACUUUUUGAAGAGGUAUGAAGAUUUACAGACUUGGAUGUGGAAAGAAUGCCUCAACUCAACUAUCGUGCGUGCUGUGGCAUAUGGAAAGAAAAGAUGCUUGCCUCUAUUCGGAAUUUGUGAUGUUUGCCUUAGUACUUAUGAUGCUAAAAGGGGCAGUUGCCCUUCUUCACACCGAAAUCAUGAUAAGGUUGGUGCAAAAGGAAAUUCCUCCCAGCAGUUUGAUGAUGAAAAUAAAUUUAUGGAUCGGACUGAUUAUAUGUCAAACUCAUCUCCACUGAGAAUUAGAUUGAUCAAAGCCCUUUUGACUCUCCUUGAGGUUUCUGUUCCUUCUGAGGCUCUUCAUUCUUCUUGGAUGGAAGACCGUAGGAAAACAUGGGGCUUAGAGCUGCAAAAUUGUUCGUCAAUUGAGGGUCUUCUACAGAUCCUGACACAGUUUGAGGGUGCUAUAAAACGUGAUUAUCUCUCAGCAGAUUUUGAAACAACAGAAGAAUUAAUGUGCUAUUGUGACUCAUCAAGAGGUGCUGCUUAUGGAUUUAAUUACACUGGGUCUGUUCCUCAACUCCCUUGGAUACCGAAAACUACUGCUGCAGUGGCUCUCAGGUUUUUGGAGCUGGAUGCAUCUAUCUUCUAUACCCCGAAUCAGAAGGCUGAGUCUCAUGAUGAAAAGACAGUGGAGGCUCUUCCACAGAAGUUCGCAUUAAGGUAUGGUUACACAAAGGACAUCCAGAAGGCUGAAGCUAUGGAAUUUGACAGACAUGGAUCUAUAAAAGAGGAAAACUGGGAUCAUUUUCGUGAUACUCCUGGCAGCUCUGGAAACAGGCAAGUGAUUCGUGGACGAGGUGGUGGCCGCCCACGCAGGAGGUCUCAGAAAGGACUCAUGGGUUCAAUAUCACAAUCGAGCAGGCGGGUUAUGAAACAAGGCGAGACGUUGAGUCAAAUUCUUCUCGAGCAGGGAGUAAGAACUCCUGGACAGAAGCAUGGACGGGGUCGUAGAACUCUUAGGAGGAGGAGAACAGAGAAGAAACUAGUUGUGGAGACUCCGCAAGAUUACUUAGAUGAUAGGGACACCUUUAAAGAUGUUGAGGAAGAGCCAAGAAAUUCUGGCAGAGAGGAAUUGGAUAAUUUUAGAACUCGAAGUAUAGUUGAAAACGAUAAUAGUAGCAACAGCAUGGAAGCUGGUGAUUCAGAUGAUAAUGCUAACGAGGAUAUGUAUCAUUAUGAAAAGUGGAAUGGAGCAAGUUACGGGGCCAUUGCUAACAGAAGUAAUGAGAUGAUGGAAAUGAGUGAAGAGGACGCAGAUGAAAUUGAAGAUGAAAAUGGUUAUGAUGAAGAGGACGGUGAAAAUUUGGAAGGUGACAUGGAAAUCAAUGAGGAUGACUCGGACAGAGAUGUAGGAGGAAUGAGGGAUGAAGCUUCUGAUUCUUCGGAUUCUGGAGAUUACAGUGACUGAGAUCACUUCAGAAGGUUCAAUCGUUUGACCACAGUAUAAGCAAUCCAUUGUUAUCUUUCUUUUGUUUGUAUUUUUUAGAGAUGCAGCCUUUUGAAUUGGCUGGUCUGGUGUAAAAUAUAGAGGAACGAAAUAUUACCUUUUUGUGCGGAAAUCCUGAUUAAAGUGUUAGUCGACUCAGCGGGCGAAUUCACAACCACAACUAAUCAUAAAGGGCCCGUGUCUGCAACAAUAGCAAGAGUUGCAAGUUUAUCAGGAUUUUAUAUCGAGUAAUUAACUGUAAUUAGGUCGAGUAUACUCACAACUGCAAAUUAUAAUGCUACAGAGUUUGGAUGGAGCUCUAGACCUAGUGUUGCUAGAUGUUUUCAAUUACCUUACC